AUGAUGAUGCCAUAUCCAUGGCUCCGUACAUCUGCUCAACUGACACGUGCUGUUUUUACCGCGGAUGUAGUUUACGACGUUCUAUCCUCCCUUGGCCUUCUGAACAAGCACGCCAAGUUGCUGUUCCUCGGUCUUGAUAAUGCUGGAAAGACGACAUUGUUGCACAUGUUGAAGGUAUCCUCUGAGGAGCUUGCCAUCGGCAAUGUCAGAUUCACCACCUUUGACCUGGGUGGUCACCAGCAGGGUAUGUACGCUUGGACCUUACCAUUUCAUACAGCUCGCCGUAUCUGGAGAGACUACUUCCCUGAAGUCAACGGUGUCGUCUUCCUCGUCGAUGCCAAGGACCACGAGCGAUUCGGCGAAGCCAAGGCUGAGCUGGACGCCCUUUUGGCUAUGGAGGAGCUGUCCAAGGUUCCCUUUGUUAUCCUGGGCAACAAGAUCGACCACCCCGAUGCUGUGUCAGAGGACCAACUGCGACACGAGCUCGGCAUGUACCAAACCACCGGUAAGGGCAAGGUUCCUCUGGAGGGCAUUCGACCUAUCGAGCUCUUCAUGUGUUCUGUUGUCAUGCGCCAAGGCUAUGGUGAAGGUAUAAGAUGGCUCUCGCAGUACGUGUAA